AUCGCAUGGCUGCUUCGAGAGACUAUCCAUCUCCGUCAACCACGACCUCUGGGCUUUCCCUACCUUCAACAUGUGAUCCUCCGGGAGAAGAGAACUCUCCAACCCAGAAAACAUGGAUUGUCAGUUUCGGUUCUAUUCCUUGCUUGGNNGUCUUCGGUGCUACUGGCCACAUGGGCCGCUCAAUUGUCAAGACGUGUCUUUCUCGUGGCGACAAGGUCACCGCUGUCGGCCGCGUUGGCGAGCACACGCUUGAUCAGAUGCAAGGCUGGCACGACUCUUGUCUCGGCCUCUUGUGCGACGUGAGAGUUUCUAAAACAGUCGAGUCUGUCAUCGAGAAUACAAUUCGACAUUUCGGUGCCGUGGACGUCAUUGUCAAGUCAGUAUACCUCCUCGAAUCUCCCAAUGUCCCCGAUCUCAUCAUUGAUUCCACUACANGCUGCACUGGGUACGGCGUCAUUGGAGCUUGUGAAGACCAAGAUGUUUGCGAUCUUCGUGCACAAUUCGAAACCAACUUCUUCGGCUGUCUCAACAUUGUCCAGCAGUCGCUCCCCUACUUUCGCAAACGCAACGCUGGCCGAUAUCUGAUUUNNUUUUCUUCAACUUCCGGUGCACUCGGUGUCCCCGGCCUCGGUCCCUAUUGCGCAACCAAAUAUGCAGUCGAAGGUUUGAUUGAAAGCUUGCUCUACGAGGUCGAUGCUUUCAACAUCAAGGCCACCCUCGUCGCCCCAGGCCAUCUCCGUCUCGACGAACCCACGGGACUGGACGACAAGGGUUCAGAUUCAGCUGACAAGAGCCGCCUACCAACCUAUGGCCAUUUUCUGGUCAAGUCACCGUCUCAGCCUUAUGAGAGCCAGAAUGCUCCUGCCGCCCACGCGAAGCGGGUGGUGCAAUGGCUUAGCAACCAGCAGCCCACCAGUGCUGUCAAGAGCGCCGAACUUACCUGGCAAUUAGGUCAUUGUUCAUUUCCACCGUUGCGUCUUCUCUUGGGCAGCUUCGCCGUCGAGAGCAUACGCGAUCGCCUGCGGUGCAUCAUAGAGGAGGCUUGUACAGNNAUCGAAGAUUGGAAACAUCUAAGCUUUCCUCGCGCCGAUGAGAGAGACCAGCAGACACCGCAGCCUGCAGGGGAAGAUUCGACGUCACAGCACCAACUGACACCGGGCGAUGAAAUUGCUGAAGUCGCAGAUGGGGACAUGGAAAUCGACGAAGGC